CUUUUACUGGCCAAAGGAAAAAAGAACGUUGACACGCAGCGAAAAUGAGAAAGGCUCUCAUGUUGAUAGCUAGAAGAGCUUCAACAGUGGCUCAGAACUCGCCAUCUCCCGUCACUAAUAGCAAACUAUUCGUCGCAGGGCUAUCAUGGUCGGUUGACGAGAAGUCCUUAAAAGAUGCUUUCUCCUCCUUUGGGGAGGUCUCUGAAGUUAAGAUAAUCUACGACAAAGAUUCCGGUAGGUCAAGAGGCUUUGGGUUUGUCCAUUACUCCGAUGAAGAAGAAGCCAAACGCGCAAAAGAUGCUAUGGAUGGAAAGGCAUUAUUGGGCCGACCUUUACGGAUAAGCUUUGCUCUUGAAAGGGUUCGUGGUGCACCCGUUGUCGUCCCUCGCCUAUCUCACAUGGAAGAUGCUUUCAAUAGCGAUUCUUGAACUCGUUUAGUAAAUUUUCUUUCAUUUAUUUUUGGUUGAUUGUGGGAAAAUUUGAGUGUCAUGAAAUGUUUUUGGUGUUGACUAUUGAUGAUUGCUUGUUAGAAGCAAAUAUUUUGUAAAGCUUACAUCAGUAUAAUUACUAAUUGGGAUUUUAAAAAAAAGGGUCAAAAUCGAAA